GGAUUCCGUGACGUUGCUCUCCGUGGGUUCUCCGCUGAGGUGGGAUUCAGAGCGGAGCUCAGCGCGCAUGCUCAGAAGGGAGAGGUAUGGUUGAAAACUCGCAGUCCAUCGCGCUGAGCAGAAGAGGAGCAGCACAACUAAAUGUGACUUAUCUGAGCAUCAUCAUCACAUCUGCGCCUCCGGGGGAGAACAAAGACGAGACGAACUCUAAAGGAGCAAACAACGCGACCAGAGCCUCCCGGAGUGAUAUGAUAUUAUUAUUAUUAUAUCUCUCGACGUGACGACUGUUUGUCUGCCUCUAAUGUUUCCAACCCACUGAGACCAGAGGGAUUUAUUCCUUCUUUUGUUCUUUGCUUUUUUAUUGACUAUUAAUAAAAGCAGCCAAAACGAAUAAAUACGGGUCAUUAUGGUUUUGUUAACACUGAAUAAUAGAAGAGGGUUGAACUGCUUGUGCGCGCAGUUCUUGCUGUGGAUUUUAUGUGCUGUGGACGGUGAGGAGCAGCAAUUCAGUGUGGAGGCUUGGCUGCAGAGGUAUGGCUACCUCCCUCCCACAGACCCCAGAAUGUCCGUCCUGCGGUCAGAACAGACCAUGCAGUCUGCUAUCGCUGCCAUGCAGCGUCUUUACGGCCUUAAUGUCACCAGUGAACUGGAUAAGAACACCAUAGAUGAUAUCACCAUAAGCUGGAUGAAGAAGCCACGGUGUGGGGUGCCAGACCAGUUCGGUGGUGCCUCGAAAUUUACCGUCCGAAAAAGACGUUACGCCCUCACAGGGCAGAAAUGGCAACAUAAACAUAUCACAUACAGCAUAAAAAACGUCACGCCUAAGGUGGGAGCGGAGGAGACCCACAACGCCAUUCGUCGGGCGUUCGACGUGUGGCAGAACGUCACGCCGCUGCGUUUCGAGGCAGUGCCCUAUAGUGACCUGGAGCGCAACAAGAAAGAUGUGGAUAUUACUAUCAUUUUCGCCUCAGGUUUCCAUGGCGACAGCUCCCCUUUUGAUGGAGAAGGGGGUUUCCUUGCACAUGCCUACUUUCCUGGUCCAGGGAUUGGAGGAGAUACACACUUUGAUUCGGAUGAGCCCUGGACACUAGGGAACCCUAACCAUGACGGGAACGACCUCUUCCUGGUGGCGGUACAUGAGCUGGGUCAUGCGUUAGGCCUGGAGCACUCCAACGAUCCCACUGCCAUCAUGGCCCCCUUCUACCAGUACAUGGACACAGAGAACUUCAGACUGCCACAUGACGAUCUGCAGGGCAUCCAGAAGAUCUACGGACCUCCAGAUAAACUUCCUCAGCCCACGAGACCUCUACCGACGGUCCCACCCGCCCGUUCACACCCUCCCGCUGAUCCACGCAAAAACGACCGGCAGACGCGGCCUCCGCGGAUACCAACCGGCGACAAACCAAUGCACCCGAACGCUAAGCCAGACAUCUGUGACGGCGGCUUCAACACACUUGCCAUCCUCAGGAGGGAGAUGUUCGUGUUUAAGGACCACUGGUUUUGGAGGGUCAGAGAUAACACCGUGAUGCCCGGUUACCCCAUGCUCAUCAAUGUCUUCUGGAGGGGUCUGCCACCCAAGAUCGACGCCGUCUAUGAGAACAGCAAGGGCAAAUUUGUGUUCUUCAAAGGGAAGCAGUUCUGGGUGUUCAAGGACACAAUGCUACAGCCUGGCUACCCCCAGGACAUCUCAAUGUUUGGAAACGGCAUGCCAGCACAGAGUAUAGAGACAGCCGUCUGGUGGGAGGACGUAGCCAAGACCUACUUCUUCAAAGGAGAUAGGUAUUGGAGAUAUAACGAAGACAUGAGAACGAUGGAUCCUGGUUAUCCCAAGUCCAUCACAGUAUGGAAGGGUGUUCCAGAUUCUCCGCAGGGAGCAUUUGUGGACAAAGCUAACGGUUUCACGUACUUCUACAAGGGUAAGGAAUACUGGAAGUUCAACAACCACAGGCUGCGGGUGGAGCCCGGCUACCCUCGCUCUAUCCUGAAAGACUUCAUGGGAUGCGACCUCACACCCAUCGACCCCGACCUGCAGCCGACGGAUGACGAGGACGUCGUGAUUAAACUGGACAACGAAGCCAGCACGGUCAAAGCCAUCGCUAUCGUCAUACCCUGCAUCCUGGCGCUCUGCCUGCUGGUGUUGAUCUACACCGUCUUUCAGUUCAAGAGGAAGGGUACGCCACGACACAUACUGUACUGUAAACGCUCCAUGCAGGAGUGGGUGUGAGUCAGACAGCCACUAGACACAGUGGUGUAAACACCCUAAACUUGCGGACUUUGGCUCUCGACCCGCGUCUCGCUCAAGGAGAACAGCGAGGGUCUUUGCUUUGAUUCCCCUCUCCAGGAGAUGAGGGGCGCAUUCCCUCCCUAACCCCCCCUCCCAAAAAAAAAAAACCCUUUCUCUUCUCCCAUUGGCCCCGGUGCACCCGCUGUAGGACUUGAGGGAUUGCAAAGAUCCCACGGUGCAUUGCGACGUCUAGUGCCACUGUUCGACGUGGAAACGCUGAUUGCUAUACCUUUAGGUUUUACAAGUGCACGCUGAAACGCGAAAAAAAUUCAACGAAAACGUCACAGGAGUCGUUUUGUUUUAUCUUUUCAGAUUUUUGCUCGGCUCCGAUCUAUAAUUUAUUUUCAAACAGAGAUAUUUACGAUUCCCUUUAAAACACUCCCAGACCAAAUAAAGACUUUCUCUCCAAAGAGGAUCUUUUUUCUUUUUCUUUUCACAAAUUUUUUCUUUUUUUUUUUCUUUUUCUAUAUACGCUUUUAUUUUUUCCCUCCCUGCUCGAAAUAUUUUGCAGUGAUAUGUAGUGGGGGAAGUUUUGACUGUUGUGGCAGUCUGUCUCAAAACAGGGGCCAAAAUAUUCUGCAAUAUUUUUAACAGCCUUAAUUAUGGAUUGUGUUGUUUGCUUUUGUUUUAGUUUAUUCGUUUGUUUUUGAGCGCCGCUUUCUUUGUCUGUCAGAAAGGCAGCGCAAUAUUGCUUUGCUCCCUUUGAGAUCGGAGAUCGUGGUUAACCUCAUUUUUCGCCAGGGGCUGCACUGCAGGGCCGCCCGGCCGCUGGAGCAGGGGCGGGACUCCUUAACCUCUGCCUAACAUGAAGCAUAUCAGUCAAAACAGAGGGAAGACCAAGCCACUGCAGCGACGAAUAUUUUAUUACGCUUUUUCCGUCCGACGGUGGAAUUGCAACUGCAAAGGAAGUGCUUGAACCGUUAUCGUGCUUAACGCUCACUCGUUUGGUCGUGUUUGCACAGACAGAGAUUUGAGAAUUCGUAUCUUCCCUUUUUUCCGAAAGGUUGCUGUUCAAGCAUGUCAUCUCCUUCGGACUGCCUUGUUUUUAGGUCUGGAUGGGAUCCUAGAACCUUGAAGUAUGAACCAGAACCACCAGAGCAACUCAGGACAGCGCUUGAUUCAAAAGUGUAUGCAAGCAUUCACAUCCAGUCCUGUGUCUUUAUUAUCAACCGAGAAGAAAAUCAAGGAUAUAUCAUGUAACGUUUCACCAUUGCUUGUGAUCGGCGGUUUCUGCAAUUGGAUCGGGCGAUACUUUUAUUUUUAUUUUUUUUACGGAGUCAGAACUCUCAGUUCGGUUCAUGUUUCGCAGUCUGACUCUAGAUCGGUCCUUUGCAUCGAACGGAUGUUUGAACAUACAGUUAUUUGCUUGCAUUAACGUUUUAUAUGUUUUUUGUUUUGGUACAUUUGAACAAACCGAAUGGUCUCAACCUCAACUUUAAAGUGGUACUUAAAGUGCUAAGCUGUCAUCCGGCACGUUUCCUUUAGACGCGAGAGAAAACGUACGCGAUCUAAAGGAAACUAUAUGCGUGUUUCUAACAAGCAGUGUUUGAAUGUGUGUCUGUAUCGAUGCUAGAUUUUUUCUUUUUCUUUUUUUCCUUUUUCAUUGUUUUAAGAAAAAAAGGAAAAAAAUGGGAUAUUCUUCAAGUUCAUGUACUUCAUGACUCGGUUUGGGACAAACCGUCCUGACAGACUUAAUAAAUUAAUCAGUAUAUGAUUAAAA